CCUCCGCCGCGCCGGGUGCUGUCAGCAACCUCAGCAUCCGGCAGAGGCGUGGUGUAUGGUGAGCCACUGCCGCCGCCGGCUGCUGCUCGUCCUGGGCCUUAGCUUCCCGCUGCUGACCCGCCGGCCGCUUCUCUUCUCCCCUUCCCGCCUCAUGAAGCCGCUGGUGGUGUUUGUCCUCGGCGGUCCUGGAGCCGGCAAGGGGACCCAGUGCGCCCGCAUCGUCGAGAAAUAUGGUUACACACACCUUUCUGCAGGUGAACUUCUUCGUGAUGAAAGGAAUAACCCAGAUUCACAAUAUGGUGAACUCAUUGAAAAGUACAUUAAAGAUGGAAAGAUUGUUCCAGUUGAGAUAACCAUCAGUUUAUUAAAGAGGGAAAUGGAUCAGACAAUGGCCGCCAAUGCUCAGAAGAAUAAAUUCUUAAUUGACGGGUUUCCAAGAAAUCAAGACAACCUUCAAGGUUGGAACAAGACCAUGGAUGGAAAGGCAGAUGUAUCUUUCGUUCUGUUUUUUGACUGUAAUAAUGAGAUCUGUAUUGAACGGUGUCUUGAGAGGGGAAAGAGUAGUGGUAGGAGUGAUGACAACAGAGAAAGCUUGGAAAAGAGAAUUCAGACCUAUCUUCAGUCAACAAAGCCAAUUAUUGACUUAUAUGAAGAAAUGGGGAAAGUCAAGAAAAUAGAUGCUUCUAAAUCUGUUGAUGAAGUUUUUGAUGAAGUUGUGAAAAUUUUUGACAAAGAAGGCUAACUCUCAACCUGAACACAUCUUUGAAAUCAUGCUUGAAUAUUGCUUUGUUAGCUGCUAUCACAACCCCUUUUUACUGCAGUUUUAAUGUUUCAUAAUUACAUCUCAAUUAAUGGCUGGAAAGUAUAUAGUAAGACAAAUUGAAUUUCACAGUAGUAGACAGUGAAUUCAGGUUUAACUUCAUCUUAGUUAUGGUGCUCACAAAACAAAGAAGGGUGUCAGCUAGUUCUUUGUUUUUAUUCAAAAAUAAUAUCUCUUUUAUAGUUUGUGCCUUCUGUGAGCAAAACUUUUUAGUAUGCGUGUAUAUCCCUUUAGUAAUUACAACAUGUUAGGAUUAGGGAUCCCCACUUUCUCUUUUUCUUGCAGGUUUUAAAUUUCCAAACUUAAGUGAAUUUGUGGACCAAAUUACAAAGGAACUUUUUGUGUAGUCAGUUCUUGCACAAUGUGUUUGGUAAACAAACUCAUAAAUGGAUUUCUAGCAUUGUUUUAGUAUUUAUAAAAUAUAAAAUAACUGACCAUUUCCUAUAGGAAGGUAAGGAAAUUUAGGCUUUGUUUUACUACAACUUGUACAAAGUUGUAUAACAGGGCAUAGUCUUUGCUUCCAAGGUUUGCAUUGGGGGCACGGGGGUUCAGAGCCUGGCAGAAUUGUCAGCUUUUUUCUGGCAUAAUUUGAGGGUAGGGGAUCACAUCUAAUGACUUGUGUUCCUUAUGCUCUAUUAUAUAGUGUUAUUCAUGAUUAAACAGAUCUUAACAAAAUUCCUAGCUGUGAAUCCUUGAAAGGCAUGUGCUAGAUUUAUGCCAAAAUCAUUUAAUGAGCAUUUUAGUAACACUUCAAAGUUUUUUUGUUUUGUUUUCUAGACUAAAUAUGGGGCUAGGAUAAAUUAGAAGAAGCAAUCUAAUGGUUAAAU